AUGGGAAAUGCAGAUUUUCUUAGCCGUUUUCCUGUUGACACAUACGCCAAAAAAGAUGAGGAACCAUCUGAAGUGUUGAUGAUAGAAAUGACUACGCAUCCCGUGCUCGACGCUAAACAAGUCGCUUCGCUCACAGCAAAAGACUCCGAUACAUCUAUGGUGCUAAGCUGGGCGUUAAGGGGGUGGCCGAAUACUCUAACUCGUGAAAAUAAACUAUAUCCCUACUUCGUACGUCGCACUGAGAUAUCAACAUUAAAAGGAUGUUUAUUAUGGGGUAAUCGCGUCAUCGUACCUCCGGGUGGUCGACAAGUAAUCCUGGAUGCACUGCAUGCAAGCCACCCUGGAAUUGUGCGCAUGAAAGCCUUAGCGAGGAGCUACGUGUGGUGGCCCCAAAUAGACGCUGACAUCGAACGCGUAGUCAAGCUUUGUACACCAUGCCAAGUUACACGCCACAACAACUCGCAAGCUCCUGUACACGUGUGGGAGUCGACCAAAGUUCCAUGGUCACGACUACACAUUGACUUCGCAGGCCCUUUUCAGGGCCGACAAUUUUUCAUUGUAGUAGACUCUUACUCUAAAUGGCUAGAAGUUUUUAUCGUGAAAUCAACAUCGUCAGAAGCCGCUAUCAAGCCAUUACGUACCUUGUUUUCAACACACGGCCUACCUGAUUCUAUUGUUUCUGACAAUGGCACCGCCUUCACUUCGGAGUUAUUUAAGUCAUUUAUGAACGAUAAUCUGAUAAGACAUAUCCGCAGUGCUCCAUUCCAUCCGUCCUCAAACGGACAGGCUGAGCGUAUG